UUCGAGCAUGAAUGGCGUUAGGACCAGUGCAAAAUGCUGCUGUAAUGCUACCUGCCCGACAGCGCACCAGGCUGUAUUGCGUAUGGCUGGCUAAGCGCCCGAGCAGCGAGCCGCAAUCACCCAUCAUGUCACUCAUCAUGUCACUCACCAUGCCUUGUCCAUGCGACCAGAUGAUUUGACAGAUCCCCCCCCAGGAAGCGUGACCACAUACUCCAUGGGGUUUUGGGGCCAUUCUCACGAUAACCUAACGGCAACGAGGAUGGCUCCCCUGAUAUGGAGCGGCACAGAUGAUACCGAGUGGUGCUUGGUGGGCAAUGAUAGUGGUAGCCUGACCCAACAGGCGAGCUGCCACGGCUAUUGCGUUUGUCUGUUGGUGGGCGUGACUCUGCCAGACCCCCACCUGCGGUCCAUCGAGGCUCACUACCAGUUGGAAAUGGAGUUUGUGGUAUGAGGGAGCUGGGCCGCUGUCACUUCGGCCCCCAAAAAGGUGGGAUGUAGCGUCCUGAUGACCCUCGACUGGGGACUGCGAGCAGAAGACGGGCGCCGUCCAAGUAUAGCAGACGAGGCCACAGUUGACUGGGCAGUGCUGGAGAUGAAAAGCAGAGCCGGGACAGCGUCAUCCGGGUGCGUGAGCGCAAGUUUCCAUCAUUGAACCCCAACCCGUGAUGAGCAGUUGUCAACCCCAAGAUGAUGGCAAGACCAGUGAAAUCCCACCCCGGCAUGGCAUCAUCAUGGAACGGCCUCGAGGAAUGUGCCGCGCGGAGUAAUUUCAGCGUCUCCCAAGCUAUCAGCAAUGCUGUGCGUGUGAGCUGCAUUCUCGACGCUGGUGCUAGGCGGCGUUGGCAGGGCUUCUGGGGCCUCUGGGGCCUCUGGGGCUUCUGGGACCGUCGUGGUGGUGGCUAGCGUUCGGCCCCACGACGCACGGGAAAAUGAGUCGUGCCCAGGCAGAGCCGAAGUCGAAUCUAUAGAGUAAUGGCUUCGCGCGGGCGAUCACUGAAUGCGCCAGAAGAAAUUUUGGCAGCUUCUUUUCGGGGCCCUGAGCGCGCCAAAGGGGCGACGGCAAGCCACGCUUUGAGAUGGCGCACUGCGUAUAUUACUUUGAUUAAUUAGGCUACCCGCCGGAAGUAAAAAAAAAAAUCAAAAACACUCAAAUAUGAUACCGAGUAGAUACUAGUAGGCUUACUGGUGCUCAUUUACAUUGGAUACUUACCUAGGCGUUAUGACUGUUUUCGAGAUGUUACUGCAGUCGCUGGCCGCAAGCAGUGUCAUGCUAUGCUGUGUAAAAUCGCUCUCGGUGCCAUUGAUUUCACUUCGAUGACUACGAACCCUCGUACUCGUAACUCUUGGGCGUCUCCAGCCUCUGAAGCCACGCUGAUGGUUUUUCCGGGGAAUGGCGGCCAAUCAGUCGAGCAUGACAGACGCUGCGCCUCACUUCCCCCGAUAUCGUCGCCUGGGGGCGUGCAGAGUGAGCUGUGCUGGGUUUUUACAGUACAAGAAACGCAUUGAGUGCAUGGAAACGUAAUUCAUAGUGCCCAUACUGUGAGUAGCACCAGAACCAGAGUUUGGUAUAGACAGACGGCUCGGUGGAGCGAGCAGUCAACAAAGAAUGAGCCCUGAGCAAAAAGAAGAAAGAAAAAAACUACUGCAACUGCUACCUUCACCGUUCCUCCACCGCCAAGCCCACAACUUCCCAACUGGCAACUUGCUCGCAAUCGUGUGCCGAGGGGUGGCUGCAGCGGCCCUCGACGCUAGCAUCGCAUCUGGCAAGGCAGCUUGGGCAAGUACCAGCGCGGCGGAGGUACUUUGCGCCCCAGCGCCAGCAACAGCGAGCAUCUCCCGUGGGCCGAAAAGAGUCUGGCUGGCUGGCCUGGGGCCAAGCCGCCGGUGGUGCUACAGGUACGGGGUACGAGUCGCACAUCGCCCAUCUCGCCAUUGCCGGUGGUACACGCUACUUGGGACGUGCUCAGCGCGCUAUCUCCACGCCGCACCCCUCGCCCCGUGCGACACUGCGACACCCCCCUCCCUCUCGCCUUCCCUCCCCCUGCCGCUCGCUCCUGCCCAUUCGCCCCAGCUGGGGCUCCCACUGAGCGAAGACAAGGGCUGGGGCUCGAAUGCUGGGGCCGGAGGUACAACCAUCUGGGAGCCUCCAAGUACCCCGUGCCCCUUUCAGGCCCUGGCUACGUGUCCCCCUCCUCGUCCCUCCAGCACCCCAUCGCGCCAUCCAGCCCGCUGGACGCUGCCAUGCAGCACUGUCGCCCACCCCCAAGGACGCCGCCUAAGCCCUGCGUGACGCCCCUGAUUUCCCGCCGCGUAUAGCGACCACCAGCAUGUGCAAUGCGCUGAUGCAGCCGGUUACAAGCCCGCAAGUACCUCUCCGUGCUCCCUUGUCCUGUACCAAGUACCGACCCGGCCGAGCCCGCCCUUAUUAAAGCGAUUCCCUCCCCCCAGUCCCCUCCUUCUCCCGAGAAAAAAAAAAAGUAAAAAA